CCGCGCGCUCCACGACCAGGGUUUAUAUGGCGAGUCAUCCCCUCUGAGGUUCUUGAUGGUCCAACAGAUAUCAAUCACGGAGUUUACAGCAUCAUUAUGGUCGAUGGAUGAGUUUCGUCGGAGUAUUGUAGCGGACUGUCAAAACAACAAUGUACUAGAAUGGAUCGUUAGGACGCGUAUACACAUUAUUCUGUGUUACAUAGAUAGUUAUUCAGGUCAAUUGAAGCCGAUAACCAGACAUCGACAUGUCGGAUAUCAAAUCUACACUGAUAUUUUCUUGUGAACCUGUUACUCAGACAUCCUAUGAACUCAACGCGCUCGACUCAUAAAAUUAUAUUCGAAAAAAAUAAGUGAAUAGUGUCAUUCUUUCCCCCACGACAUCGAGGUUACUGUCCCGCCAUUAUUCGACCAUGGCACAAGAUAAUCACCGGGCCGUCUCGGCAGUUGUGUUCUGCCCUCAAAAUAAACCGCCAAAGGCGGAUUAUAUGGCAGUCAUACGCCGUUAUAUCCGUAGUAACCCAUUGCUUGAGCCAUUCGGACAAGCCAUCCUCAACCUACCUGACACCUGGAAUAUUUUUGUAAAAGCGAAUGCAGGCAUAGCAGCUCUGAGAGAUGGACCGCAGUACGUCAGGCAAAUGCGAGACUGGUUUGGGGACGACGAUGUGCCCCUUUCUAUACCGGAGAUAAUGUCAGGAAUACUAGCUCUGCCUCUUCUAACUAUCAUCCAAAUCGUCCAAUACUUCCAGUAUCUCCAAUUCAGAGAUAUUAGCCACAUCCAAUUCCUCGAAGAGAUCCGGAUCGGAGGUGCACAGGGAUUCUGUGGUGGUUUACUGCCCGCUUUGGCUAUUGCUGCUUCUGGUGAUGAGCUUGAAGUUGUUCAAAAUGCCUGCAAGUCCUUGCGAAUAGCUCUUGGAAUUGGUGCUUACGGAGAGCUUGGCGAUGAUGAGAAUGUGCCUGGUCCAACAACGAUGGUUAUGAGGGCAAAAUACGCAGGGCAAGCGGACGAAAUAGUGGCAAAAUUUCCAGGGGCAUACGUAUCGGCCGUGACAGAUCCCCUAUCUAUCAGCAUUGUGGGGACGGUACGAGUUCUCGAGCAACUAAAGUUGCAUGCAGAAGCCGAGGGGCUUCCUGUCACGAAAAUAAACCUCCGAGGACAAAAUCACAAUCCAGAAAACCGCGAACUUACCGAUGAAUUUUGCCGAUUGUGUACUGAAUAUGCUGAGUUACGACUGCCAAGUUCCGAUGCACUCCGGGUGUCCGUAAGGUCUAAUAAUACGGGCGAGCUUCUGUCAGGGGUUCCUCUAUCCCACGAAGUCGUGACCAGUACGCUUGUCAAACGGUGCGAAUGGUUUACCCUGAUGCAAGCUGUGUCGCAAGACCUUAAAGAGAUGGGAAAUGAUAUGGAGCACACAUUUGCCAUGUUUGGCACUGGUAGAAAGAACUGUGUUCCAAGUAGUCCUUUUGAUGACAACCAAGUAAAACUCACCAAACUCGAUGUCAUGGUUGCUGUCGCAUCGGUAAAGCCUACCGGAACGAGCCUACCGCCCAAUGCUUAUCCAGAGGACGCUAUUGCGAUAGUAGGAGCGGCCUGUCGUCUGCCAGGAGCCAGUUCAAUCGACGAGCUUUGGGAUCUCGUCGCCGCAGGCAAGUCGAGGGCAGAAGAACUACCAACAGAAAGACUCAACGGCAAACUUGCGGCUCGCGUAGGCUUAGACAACAAACGAAACGCGAAGGAUACAUGGCAUGGCAACUUCAUUGACGACGUAGAUGCUUUCGACAACACAUUCUUCGGCGUCAGCCCCCGCGAAGCCCUCUAUAUGGACCCUCAACAACGCCUGCUUCUCGAAACAGCCCACGAAGCGCUGGAUUCGAGUGGCUAUCUACGGCAUCAUAACCGUGAAGACUUUGAUAACGUCGGCUGCUUCAUCGGUACUACGUACACCGAAUACUUGGAGAACACAACAGCGUACAGCGCAACUGGCUACUCUGCAACUGGGACGAUUCGAGCAUUCCAAAAUGGAAAGAUUAGCUACCAUUUCGGCUGGGGCGGUCCUUCAGAAGCGAUCGACACGGCCUGCUCGUCCUCCCUCGUAGCCGUCCACAGGGCAUGUAGAGCGAUCCAAGCAGGGGAAUGUCCAAUGGCUCUAGCAGGAGGUGUAAAUAUGAUCACGGGCAUUCAGAAUUUCCUCGACCUGGGAAAGGCUGGAUUUCUCAGUCCCACUGGUCAAUGCAAGCCGUUUGAUCAGACAGCCGACGGGUAUUGCCGCGCGGAUGGCCUUGGGCUUGUGGUGCUCAAGUCACUGAAGGCGGCAGUCGCAAACGGAGAUGAUAUUCUAGGCGUGAUCCCGGGAAUCGCUACCAACCAUGGUGGCUUAUCACCAGCUAUUACAGUGCCAUACUCGCGUGCGCAGCUCAGUCUGUUUAGAAAUGUGAUUAAAAAAUCUGGAUUGAAGCCGCGCCAUAUCUCGUAUGUCGAAGCUCACGGCACUGGCACCCAAGUUGGUGAUCCGAUUGAAAUUGCAAGUAUCCGUGAGGUACUCGGCGGACCACAGCGUGAUGAUACCUUACGUAUCGGCUCAUUGAAAGCUAACGUCGGGCACAGCGAGACUGCGGCGGGUAUAGGUAGUUUGCUCAAGCUUCUAGCUAUGUUGCAGCAUCGGGAACUUCCUCCGCUGGCCGGAUUUCGCACUUUAAACCCCAAGAUCCCAGCCCUAGAACCUGAUCAUCUACAUAUCAAUAGCCAAGUCCUUCCGUGGGACGUAUCAUUCCGCGCCGCUCUCGUGAAUAGUUACGGAGCGGCUGGUAGUAAUGCGGCGCUUAUAUGUAGUGAGCCACCACGCAAAGGAAGACAAUCGAUGGAUACUUCUGGCUUGAGUUACCCGGUCUUCCUAAGCGCCGCUACAAUGGAAAGUUUGAGAGCCAACGCCAUUAAACUAGGAUCCUAUAUCCGAAAGAUAAUCAAGUCAAACGAAAAUGGCUCAAUGAACAUUGGAAACGUUGCCAUAACCUUAUAUGAGCGUCGGAAGCAUCAUGAUAUGCGUUGGGUUGGUACAGCAAGCGAUCUUGACCACUUGACACAAUCUUUGGAUGCGAACAUUGAAAACGAGACAUUUGAUAAAACAGCAUGUACCAAAAAACCAGUUGUUUUGGCCUUUUCUGGCCAAAGCAAACAGAGUAUUCAGCUCGAUCCAUCCUGGUAUCAUUGGUAUCCACAUCUUCGAUUCUACCUCGAUCAAUGCGACGAGAUACUCCGGGAUCUUGGUCACUCUGCAAUUACUCCAAGGCUUUUCCAAGACGACCCAAUUGAGGACAUCGUGUUGUUACAAUGUGGUACAUUUGCGGUGCAAUAUGCUUGCGCUAUGUGCUGGAUUGAUUCAGGUCUCGAAGUGCAAGCGGUUGUUGGUCAUAGUUUCGGCGAGCUUACGGCGAUGGCCGUCUCGGGUGUCCUUUCUUUAGAAGAUGGCCUGCAAUUGGUGGCCACGCGCGCUUCCUUGAUGAGCAGUAAAUGGGGCCCUGAACGGGGAACAAUGCUAGCAAUCCAUGCAGAUCCCAGCAUGAUCCAUGAGAUCAUCGCGGGCGUAAAUACGACUAACCCAGAGACCCAAGGCGGGCUCGAGAUUGCCUGUUUCAAUGGUCCCAGGAGCCAAGUCGUAGUAGGGUCAGCGUCGGACAUAGACAAGGUAGAAACCCUUGUGCGCAAAGACCAGCGAUUCCAUGGUAUCCAACACCAACGGGUCAAUACCAGCCAUGGGUUCCAUUCGAUCUUCACUGAGCCAAUCUUGGAACAUCUCGAUGCUGUAGCGAGGACUCUAAGCUUCAACAUUCCAAAGAUUCCGUUUGAGACUUGCACUCGAAGUCCUCUGGAAAACAUAACGUCGGAUCGAAUAGUAGAACAUACUAGAACGCCGGUGUACUUUAGUGAUGCAAUCUCUCGUCUCGAGCAUCGCCUUGGGCCAUGCGUAUGGCUCGAGGCUGGCUCUGAUUCCCCCAUCAUCCCAAUGAUUAAAAAGGCCGUCAAGGAUGCCGCCACCCAUACAUUCCUAGGGAUUAAGGCAAAAGGCAACCCCAACGCCGUAUCUGCAGUUACUACAUCUCUCUGGCGGGAAGGUAUAACUACGUCUUUCUGGGCUUUCCUUUCGCCUGAUGAGUCAGGGCUUAGACCAGUUUGGCUUCCGCCAUACCAAUUCCAAAAGAAGCGUCAUUGGCUUACCUGGAUCGACCCAGUCAAUGAAGAACGAAAAGCCGCGGCUCAAAAUGCGACGACACGGCGGACAAUCCCUACCGAAUUGGUAACUCGAGUAGGCACGAUGUCGGAGUCAUGGGCCUCCCAGGAAUUCAUCGUUCACACAGAAACGAACCGAUUCACGGACAUUGUAUCCGGGCACGCAGUUAGAGGGUGGCCGCUCUGUCCCGCGUCGAUGUACAUGGAGUGCGCGGUUAUGGCGGCUCAGAUGAUCAAGCCGGAGAUUUCCGUUAAGGCUCUCCAGUUCGAGGACAUUUCUUUCCAGGGCGCUUUGGGGCUCAACUCCAAUAGAAAUGUAUCGCUGACCAUGGAAGGCGCCGGAGAAUACCUAACCUGGAGCUUUGCAUUCUCUAGUUCAUCAAAGAACGAUCCCAAAGCGCGACCAACCACCCACGUAAAGGGCCGUUUUAGCGUGAAAUCUCAAUCGGACUUUCAACUCCUCGAGCGAAUGAUGCUAGAUCGGAUUGAAAGUUUGGUGGCUGACCCUAAAGCCGAGAAAUUCAUGGCCAAUCGAGCUUACGCGCUAUUUUCUCGUGUCGUCAACUAUGCCGACGUUUUGCGAGGUAUCUCGCAUAUCACCAUCCUAGGCUCACACGCCGUGGCGCAAGUUAAACGACCGGCUGUACCCGUUAGUAAGACCGAAUCCACGGCGGCAAAUAUUUGCGACACCGUCAGCCUAGAUACAUUCAUUCAAACUGUGGGCUUGCUUAUCAACAGCAGCGACAUGUGUCCCGAGGGUGAAGUAUUCAUUGCCACCAGCAUAGAUAGCAUCUUAAUGCAAGGUUGUGAUUUCUCGUCAUGCGAUUCGUGGACUGUGUAUGCGAUGUCUACACGUAAAGGAGGGUUGGAGGCUUCCGGCGAUAUGCUCGUCUUUACAAGCGAGGGAAAACUCAUCCUUAUCGGCUCGGGUGUGAAAUUCACCAGGUGUCCCAUACCUAAACUUGAACGGUUAUUGGCCAGUACCAGCACCAGCAAUGUGCUCGAGCCUACCACGCAAAAGCGAGUUCCGAUCGUUGACGUGAUACCCCAGGGUACAAGCGCAGCGCAAAAAGGGAAUACAGGGAUCUCAGCUGAGAAAACACUUGCAGUAGCGGAGUCGGAUUCACGGAAAAAGCACCCCGACCCGUCCAAAGAGGCGGCUUCGAUGAGCCACACUGUACAUACUGUACACAAGGAAUUUACUCCAUCAAAUUCGACAGGCGACGAACUUGUGAUAGUCAGUAGGCCAGACGAUUCAAAGGAUGCAGUGCAGCUUUCUCCAGUCAAGAAAGACCAAGAGGCGCCUGCAGGGAAAGGUUCUGUAGCAAUACGGACUCGGCAGCGAGUUCUAGAGCUCAUAUCCGAGAAUUGCGGGGCUUCUCUUACAAAUGUUGAAGACAAUGCAAGCCUUCAGGAUAUUGGCGUCGACUCACUCUCUGUUAUAGAACUCGGAUCAUCCCUGGAAGACUCGUUCGGAGUCCAAUUCAAUGACGAUGAUCUUCAUCUCCUAUCGACUAUCGCGGACAUUCAAGAUUAUUUACAUGCGAACGCAUCGCGGGAUUCGGUAGUCCGUUGAUAUAUGACGUGUCGAUUUUCUAGGUUGUGAGGCGUUGUAGGAUAUAGAUUAGAAAAGAGAUAUACAAUAGCAAGAAGCAAUUGUGAGACAUGGGAUGACGCCUGUCGUAUAUUAUUGGCGGUUGAUUCACAAUAGGAGAGGGUUUAGUGUAGAAGAUGUGGGACAAAUUGUCGCGAAUUUGUAUGCCACCGUGCACGACGUCGAGCCGGUUGACACUUGUCGACGGCCCAGAAUCCUUGCUAGUGGCCAGGUUUCAAAUUACCGAAUUAGACGGGGUUGGGAGAAUGUGGCUUUUUUUUUUUCCUCUCUCCCUCUCCCUUUCAUGUUCUUUCAUUAUCAAUUUAUUCUUGUUAGAUCAUAACGUACCUGACGAUACCAGUACUGGUGCCUUUGUAAAUGAGCGAACUGGUUAAUCAUAGAGACCCUGGAGACAGAAUAACCUCCUCGGGUUCGAAGUCGCUAGAAAUCUAUGCGCGCGGUUUGCUGAAUGGCGGGUUAUUCAUUACCGAUCUAUAUUGGUUUCCGGAG